AGAUGCUUCCAUAUUGUUGAUAUUUUUUGUUUUUGUUAUUUUGAGACAGGGUCUCACUGUGUAGCCCAGACUCACCUUGAAUUCUUACUCUUACUGCUCAGCUUUCUGAGGCUUGAAUUACAGGGUCGGUGUACUCGAGAGAACUGCAAGUACCUACACCCUCCACCCCACUUAAAGUCGCAGCUGGAAAUUAAUGGGAAGAACAAUCUGAUUCAACAGAAGACUGCCGCAGUCAUGUUCGCCCAGCAGAUGCAGCUUAUGUUCCAAAAUGCUCAGAUGUCAUCCCUUGCAUCUUUUCCUAUGAAUCCAUCACUUGCAGCUAAUCCUGGCAUGGCUUUCAAUCCCUACAUGCCCCAUCCUGGGAUGGGCCUGGUUCCUGCUGAACUUCUACCGAAUGCUCCAGUUAUGUUUUCUGGAAACCCACCUGUUGCAUUGCCAGGAGUUCCUGCCCCAAAACCAGCUCGUUCUGAUAGACUGGAGGUUUGCCGUGAAUUUCAGCGUGGAAAUUGUACCCGUGGGGAGAAUGAUUGUCGCUAUGCUCACCCUACGGAUGUUUCUAUGAUUGAAGUGUCUGAUAAUAGUGUGACAAUCUGCAUGGAUUACAUUAAAGGCCGAUGCUCCCGGGAGAAAUGCAAGUACUUUCAUCCUCCUCCACACCUGCAAGCCAAACUGAAGGCAGCUCAUCACCAGAUGAACCAUUCCGCUGCUGCUGCAAUGGCUCUGCAGCCUGGUGCACUUCAGCUGAUACCAAAGAGGUCAGCACUUGAUAAGAACAAUGGUGCCACCCCAGUCUUUAAUCCCAAUGUUUUCCACUGCCAACAAGCUCUGGCUAACAUGCAGAUUCCGCAGCCAGCAUUUAUCCCUACAGUGCCCAUGAUGCACGGUGCUACACCUUCCACUGUGUCUGCAGCAGCAACACCUGCCACCAGCGUUCCCUUCGUUCCAACAACUACAGGCAAUCAGAUGCCCCAAUUAUCAGUAGAUGAGCUGAAUAGGAGCAUGUUUGUUUCACAGAUGUAGAAGUUACCAGUAGAACAUUGAAAUUCUGAGCAGCAGAGUUACAGAGUACCCAAAUCUCUCAAGAAGAAACUUGUUAUGGCCUUUUUAUACAUAUUCCCGUAUGUCCUCUUCUACCAACACAACUAUAAGCAUGGUGCAGUCAAUAUAUUAAAGCACAUACAACAGUCAAAAAAUUCAAAUUUAAAAUAAAGCAUUCCAAAUUCUGUGAAGAUGUUAAAGCAAAUAGAAGGUUGACCACUAUGUGUUACCUAAUAUGGAUUAUUAAUUGUAAAAGAAUUAGCAUAUAGAAUAUAACCAUACAGCUUUGUCAUUUAUAUGCCUUAUCAGAUCCAUAUUACAUGAAUUAUCCAUCUAUCAUAUUGGAUAUAACUGUAAAAUUUUGCAAUUUUUGUAAUGUUAAAUGAACUUCCACAGUGUACUGUAGGCUUACUGUACAUUCUUGGUGGAUUAAUUCUGUUUUUGAAGUGUUACCUUACUGUUUGUUUACAGGAUAGUGUGUUGGAUUGAUGUAGAAUGUAACGAAUAUGUCCAGUACCAUUUUACCCCGUUGAUAUAUUGUAUUAAAUUGGGUUCUGUUUAGCUUUUCCAUGCUAGUGUUUUGUUGUUUAUACGUGGUGUUUGAUUUCAGUUAAAUGCAUUAGUGGGGAACCAGAGGUAUAUGUGAUUGAAAAACAUGACAGGUUCAUGUUAAUAUGCACUCUUUAAAACAUUUCUAUAAGUUUCUUGAUGCAAACAUUUAAAAGGCCUCACUUUUGAGUGUACACAAAACCUGUUCAUAGAAUUUUACAUGUAGAUCUGACUUUGCAUAGUUAAAAUAUGCUCAAUUUUUAAAGAGAAAAAUAGUUACCAACAUAUGAUAGGAAAGUUCACGUUACCCUUAAACCAUUCCUUUUAAAUAACUUGAAAGUCAAAUAUUCACAUUCCAAUAAAUUUCUGAACAUGUACAAAAAGUAUGUAGAGUAGCUGUUACAUUUACUGUGUCACAGGAAUCCUGUCUCUCAGUUUGAGUGUCUAAAAUUGAGCCAUUUGUCAUCUUCAGUUGAGAAACUGGUACUUACUAGUUUAAAGGUAUGCUAAUCAUAGCUUAUAAAUCAAGCAGAGAGAUGUGGGCGUGGAGACAGUUUUUAUAUACUGGCAGAAAGUGUGUAAAACCUUUGCUUUGUAACCUUUUGCACAAGUGCCAUUUUUCAAAUGCAAAUGCCUCAUGCUCUUUAAACUAUUCUUUGAAUAAUAAGUAAGAUGCAGUCUAGCAAAAGUCAAUCCAGGUGAAAGAGAAUUGUUUCCAAAUGAGGCCUUACCUCCCCAAAUGGACAGUCUUUUCUAUUGAUCACAGAAGGAGGCUGAGUACAGAUUUGGAAAAAUGGCAGGGAUAGGGACAGGAAGACAUUUAAAAUGACUGAUUAUGCAAAAGAACUAGAAAAGGUUUCCACAAUUGUCUUUUACUUCAUUUUAGCCGAGUUUCCAAUUUUCUACAAGCUGCAGUGAAGUAGCAAGCUUUGACAAGUUUUCUCUGCCAAAACUUUAACAUCAGAGUUGGGGGGGGGGUCUCAGAACACAACCUAUUUUUUUCUCAUUUGAGUUUAUUUGCCUUUAUGUGUGAUUCAAAAUUAUAGUCAGUUUUAUCAUCAUUUGGCUGAUAUAGAAUAGCAAUAUCCCAUGGAGGUGUGGUAUGAAUUCUUCUUACUAAUGUGUAUGAAAUAAUCUCACAAAUAGCAAAUAGCAAUCCAUCUCUUUCGAUGACAUAUAAUGUACCUUUUCUACUCUACAUAGUUAUUAACAUUACUAUUAUUAUAACAUGGAGGAAACAUUUUCCAACAGCUUAAGUAGAUUUAAUAUUUUCUACUCAAUAUGUAUUCUCCCAUUGGAAAGUAUAAAAUCAUCAAAUUGUUGGAUAUAUAAAGAUCGUUUUACUUCAUGAACAUCACAAGAAAAGAGAGCAUUUGGGAUACCUUAAGACAGGUAGUUGGAUUGAUUUUCAGAACAGUGGAGUUGGCAAAGACUUUAUUGCCUUUUCCACGGCUGAUAAAAUAGAGAGCCAGGCAAUGUGACUUGCCUAAGGCUGCCUAGCCAUUGUGGGAACCAAUUGUUCCUCCCUUUUACAUCUUUUUUUUUUUGGAACAUUUGAGGCUCCAACCCAAAGCAGAUCAGAUUGGCUCAGAAUACAAAAAAGCAAAAUUACCUCUGGUGGUUUGUAUCCUAUAGAUCUUAAUUAUCCAGGUGAAUCCUGGUCCCCAGUGAUUUCUAAACAGUCUUGUUUGUAUAUUGGGCCUCUGCCCUUUGUUUAUUGGGCCUCUGCCCUUUGUUACCUAUUGCCUGAAGUUAGAGAUUAAGAGUUGUGUGCCCUUUUACCUGUGGGCUCUUUAAACCAAUUAAUUUCUGUUUUCUAAAAUCAUAACUCCAGAAAGAAUGUAUCUGAGCUAGUCUAGAUGUAGUUCUUAAUGGAUAUGGGAAUAUUUUGUGCAAAAUGAACUUUUUGUAGUUUGACAUUUUAAUGCAACAUACUAUCUCAUUUAACUUCUUACACUUUUGACAAAAAUAGACAGAUGAUAAACUUAGAGUAGAGCUGUUCUCAUGUUGCUCUAAGCACUGGAAGAUACUGACAUUGACUUAUUUUUAGGAAGAGAUUCAGUGAGGAACAUUCAGGGUAGUUGUCUUUUUGGUGCAACGCAUUUCUGGGACAUACUAAAGUUGAUAUGUACAUGAAGUUUAAGAAGGCAAACUCAAAGCUCGAACAUUUUGAUCCAAUUUUACCGAGUUUUGAGGGAAAUGAAACUUUUAAGUUGGCACUCUUUAGUUGUGCAAUGACUAAUGAUCUUAUUGAAGAAAAAAACAAGUCAUUAGACUUGUCAUUAGACUAUAGUCUAAUAUAUAGUCAUUAGACUAUAUAUAUAGUCUAAUGUCAUUAGUCAUAUAGUCAUUAGACUAUAAAUUGAAUUAACAAGACAAGUCACAAUGAAUCAGUGACUCUAAACAAAAAUUUACUGAAUCAUCUGUAAAUAAACUAAAUUCUAAUCAGUUGUGAUUCUUAGUUAGCUAGCAUUUUUUAGUCUUUGCAUUUUACAAUGGCCUCUGUUUUUAUUUCUCCAAAAUUAUUGGUUUUGUUUAUCUUCUCAGCCUUUUGCCAAAAUUUGCAAGAGCACUGAAACUUGGAUAAAACAUGUCAAAUAUACAGAUAAGCAAUCUAAACAGGUCAUUUAAGAAGGGCUUAGUAGAUUCAGCUUUUACAGAAAGCAGUAUGAGACCAUAAUAUUUUAAAUAGGGACUAAAAUUAAAUUAAGUGGAUUCAUAAAAUUGCUACUUAAAUACAGCAUUUACUUUUGACAUUGGAGCAUGAAUCCACAGCCAGCUGUUGCUUUUGAUGUCCGUUUCCUAGAUUAAUUUGUAUCUGGUCGUGAAAGCAGUCUUCUUCCAUCCAUCUUGCUCAUCCAUUCUGAGCAUGCUAAGCACUUUGAUCUUGCCAUAACUGUUGUCCACUAAUGGGAGCCCUCAACUCCCCUGAUCUCCAGGAAAAAGCAAGUACCUGCUCUCCACUAUCAGCAGGAAGUAAAUGACAUGAAUGUGUUUGCCUUGAAUUAGCUUUGACUGGCAUGACCAGUAAGACAAUGACGUGUGAAGAAGGAACAGCAUCUACACUAUGUUGUAGGAAAUGAUGGAAGCAGCUGAGGCAGCUCAUAUGCAACGUUUCGGAAUGCCAGUUGUUUCUUCCUUGUCUUGGAAGAGUGCUGGUGAGAUGCUCUUAGGUGAAAUACAGCCCAAGUUUGUUGAGAUCUGUCAGUCUGUGCAAUGGGCUAUGGUAUGUAGAAUGAUUAGUAAUUGUAGUUAUCUUUACCCUUAAAAAAAGCUCUUCUACAUUUCACUUACAUUGAAAUGGAAAUAAGUAAAAUUGGAGGGUCCAGUUCUCAAUUUUGAUUUGUAGAUUUAAUAAGAUAGUGGUCUAAUUUUACCAGUGCCUGUCAAAGGUAGUAGAAUAAAAUAGGUAAAAGAGUUGAAUUUUUUUGCAAGUUUAGCAGAUAGUCUAAUCAAACUGUAAAUGUAAUUACAAAUAUAGGCUCUGAGUACCAAGUCACUAAUUGGUGCCAUGUUUUCAUUUUUUUAUUGUUAGUUUUAAGGUUUUUAUUUUACUACGUUUUUGUAUCUAAGUAACUAAGGAAUUUAAUUUUGAAGAAGAGUUAGAGCAAGUUUAAGUUUUUACUACAUAUAUUCAGACCAUUUAUUAAGCUCUAAGCUGACACUGUAGCAUAACACGGUAUAGAUUACAGUCCAUAACUACACUCUACAAUUCACAAUUUAAGAACAAAUUUAGCUUUGUAUGCAAAUAAUAGUUGUCAGCUAAAUAUAUUUACUUGUUGCUUUGGCAACAAAACUACAACAUGGCUACCUUUAGACAUAUGUGCAUGUAAAGCUUUUAUUGGUAAGCUAUAUGUGGUUCAUGACAGUGCAAACAUAUAGAAGAUAACAGCUCAAAACGAUGUUUUUGAAGCCCCCAGUUCGUGUGAGGAUUGAAGCAUGAUGCAAUGUUUAGAAAUUAACUCAUAUUAGUGAAACCACACCUAAAGAUACUAUAGAAAAACCCCUCAACAGUGUUAAGAAGCAUAUGCUGCAGUGACCUAACUGUCUCAGUUAGGGUGCGAAUGUGUGAGACACACCUUUUUUGCACUUAUGUACAUAGUCCAUGAAAGCAAUCCUUGGAGCUUUGUAAAGUAUAAGAAGUCUGUGGUACUAGCAGAAAGUUAGUGAGAAUGGUUUCCAUGGCUUUGAGAAGGCAGUUAUUCUUUGCUCUGAGAAUUAACCAAAGCAUAGUGUUGCAGUGCUGUUGUGGACACUUGCUAACUUGCUAGAGUUCACCAGAAGCUCAGCCUGCUAACAUAUGCCAGAUCCCCCUUAACAGCACUGAGCGAAAGUACAAAACACUUCUUCUAGUAAGGCUACUAGCAAAGGUUAUUUGUCUUGUGAAUUAAUUCCCACUGUACAUACACACACACACACACACACCCCACACUCCUGCAUACACCACAUAAUGGGUAAGCUUCCCAGCAGAGGUUUUCUUUUUUCAAUUAUAAAAAGCAGGAUAAAAUACUCCGUCCCUUACAAGAUAGUUUCUUGCACAUCCGAUUAAAACAGACUUCAUCCUUCAUAGUUAAUACAUACAUCAAUUAAUAUGGACUUAAGUGACAAAUUUUUAAUGUUUUAACUAAGCAGAAGAAAAGCAUCCCGAAGCUAACACAACAUGGAAGUUGGCAGACAAUGUCAAUCUAUCUAACCCACUCUGUCAGUUUUCACUCCACACUUACAGAUAGCCAAGGAACUUGACUGGUGCCCCCACCAGGCACUGAGGCUUAUUAAUGGUGGAAGUUUGAAUGAUUAGGGGCUGGAUUACCCUGGCACUUCCCAUCUUGAGGCAGGUGUCAGUCACACUGGAAAAGGACCCAUCCUAGGCUGAAGGUAGUUCCUGUGAAAUGCUGCUAGCCAUCCUGCUACCUCUUGGAUUACAAAGAGCUGCAGCCAUAGCUCAGUAGUAGAGCACUUGCCUACAUGAGUGAGGCCAUGGAUUUCAUCCCCAGCACUGCAAAAGGAAAAAAGGGAAGAAAACGAGAGAACAAUGGAAAACAAACCAAAGCCAGAAUGCAACCAAGCCUUAGAUGUAACCCAUAGCUCAGGGCCAGUUGGCUAGAAAUUACUCUUCUUUUUCCCUCAGCUCCUGAUCACUUAAGAUUCAAGCAUACCAAACAUCCUGACAACCUGAGCAGACAUUUUGGCCGAUAGAAAAUGUAAACAGACAUUUAUUUUGUAGUUAGGAAUGCCUGAUUCAGCCUUAUUACAAGCCCCACGAUUUCACUUUUGUCUUUACAUGGACAUUCCCUUGUGAAUUUGGAAUUAAUACAAAUAUUUUCUCAUAAGGUCAAUAGAUAAAAUUUUGUGUGGUGCUGAGAAUAUGGCUCAGGGCUUUGUGUGCUGUGCAAGUACUCUAACAAUGUGUCCAUUCAGAUAUAAUAUUUUAAGUCCAGAACUAUUGACCAUAAAUUAGUAGGGAUAAGCCUUGAAGCAUCACAAAAGAUAGUCAAUGAAUUUAUAGCAUGUGUAUGCUUACAGCCACUUGGUCACAUGCUGAAGCUUAAACAUAGUGACUGUAUUUAAAGCAGUAAAACAAGAUGGAGAAUUAACUAUAACAAAUGCAUAUGACUAAAGCCAAAAGAUGACAUCAAUUGGUAUUAACUUAUGACAGUCAUAAUUUAUAGCCCCUCUAUCUGCCCUUGCUAUAAGUGAAUUACCAACAUUAAAAAUCUGGUUUAUUCCAGAGGAAUUUUAUGUUUAUUACAGAACCCCUCUUUAAUUGCAGUGUACCUAAAAAUGAAGAGUGCUUUUGUCUGACAUAGGUUGCCACUCUUUAUAGGUACUGCAAGAAUCUUCUUUUAUGUCAUGUUACUUUUAAAAAUACCUCUGUAGCAAGACCUAAAAGAAUUAAGCAAGCUUUUUAUCCCAAACACAACCUUGAGACUAUCUGUCAUAGAACUACAUGGUUCCAAAGCUUUAUUUCUGUACACAGAUGUUAUCUGUUAAUGACAGAAACCAAACUGUUUGUUGCUGUGUCUGUGUCUAGCAGUUGAGUGAAUGAUAUGACCAUCCAUUUCAUUAGAUUCUGGGAAUAACCUUUUCAAAAUAAGUUCCUUUUAUUAUUAUAGCUAUUGCUUUAGUUAUAAAAUGAGCCAUUUGCUCCCAAAUUACAAUAAUUGAAAUGAAGUCCAUUUUUUAAAAGGUGAGGUCUCACUCACUAUAGUGUGUAAACUAGUCCAAAUUCCAUGACUUAAAUGGAUUGAUUCUUCCAUAUCAGCCUUCCAGAUGGCUUAUUUUGUUUAAAAUGAUGAACUAGGUUACUCCCUGGGUAAUUUUAAAGGGAUAAUUUAUGCCUUAAUCUAACAAUGAUCUGGAUUACAGAAAGUGGAAGAAUUUGGUUUGAGCAGAAAAAAAUGACAAUUUAAGAAUGUUAUAAUAGCUGAGUGGUGGUGGCACACGCCUUUAAUCCCAACACUCGGGAAGCAAAGGCAGGCAGAUCUCUGUGAGUUCAAUGUCAGCCUGGUCUACACAGAGUUCCAGGACAGCCAGGCUACACAGAGAGAAACUGUCUUGAAAAAAAAUGAAUGCUAUAGUAAGAAAAUUCUUAGCACUGUGCAACAAUUAAGCACUUAAGCAAUAACCAAAAUAUUUUACAAAUAAAAACUGUUCACAUAAUAUUUUGUCCCCAAAUGCAGUAAUUCAUUCCCUCAACUGCAAAUGUUUGGACUUUUUCAAGUUACAGUGUUGUAUUCCCUGUUUGUGUUUAGAAGUGUGCAUUAUGUAGCUCAUUUUAGUAUUCUACUUUUUAUGUUUAUUUUUUAUUCUUUUAAUAAAGUUUUCAAAUUCCUUGGUUA